AUGCGUCUCACACAAACCCUUUUCCGUGCGGUCCAGAGGCCUGUGCUGGACAGAGCCAUCACGGACGGUCCCGCGCUGAGCAGCGGUAUUGCAAUCGUCCGCAAGGUCCUCAAGGAAAACCCAAAGCCUGAGGGAUGGAGGACGAACGAGAUCUACGAAUUGGCGCUGAAGGAACCUGCUCCUGAAGGCUUCCAUACCGCACUGCCCGUCGAGAACAUCCCCGUACCGCCUCCGAACCCAAGCCACCCCAUUCGAUCCAAACAAUUCUUGAAGGAGGUCCUUGCGCAUAUGCAAGGUCUCAAGGAUAUCCAAAUGACCCGUGAAGUCCGCACGCGAGAAGGCUCCUCCACGCAAACGCCAGUUUUCGUCUGGAAGACCAUGGAGAAGCGGACGAGGACCCCACGACCCGUCGUCGAGAGGCCGCCGACUGUAUCUCAAGCUGUCGGAGGACACGAGGAUUGGAGUCAUUUGAGCCGGCGACGACUGCGCGCUAGGAGAGCGAAGAUUCUCAAAAUGGUCCACGACCUCAAGGGAACAGAGAUCCAACUCGUUUCAUAG